AUGCCAGACGCACGACGAAUAGAGAGGGAAAUCCGUCAAGUGCAGUCGGACAAAACUGCCAAUGUAUAUGUGCAAGUUGUCGGAGACAAUCUAUGUCGCCUUAAAGGAAUGAUUGCAGGGCCGCAGGGUAGCCCAUACGAAGGUGGACAGUUUCUUGUGGACAUAGAGUUACCAGACGACUAUCCUUUCAAGCCCCCAAAAAUGAGAUUUGAGACACCAGUCUACCAUCCAAACAUCUCUUCGCAAACAGGCGCUAUAUGCUUGGACAUUUUGAAAGAUGAAUGGAGUCCUGUCCUGACCUUGAAAACUGUGCUAAUAUCCCUGCAGUCGCUGCUUUGCGAUCCAGCACCGGACAAUCCGCAGGACGCGGAGGUUGCGAAACACUACCUGUCGGCACGAGCGGACUUUGAGAAGACUGCAAGGGAAUGGACCCAGAUACAUGCUAUUGGGGGUUCUUCCGUCGAUCAGAUUGGGAAAACGGUGGGCGUAGACGAGGUGGGGCUGGACCAAGGGUCAAUCUCAAGAGUAUGUGAAAUGGGGUUUGAGCGAGGAUUGGUUGUUAAAGCCUUACGACAAUUUGAAGGCGAUGAAGGACAGGCGGUGGAGGCAAUCUUGUCUGGUACAAUCUCAUAG